GUUCUCUUGACACUACUUCUGCUAUCACAACUGCUACUACCGCUGCUUUUGCUACCCCAACUAUCGACAAACAUUCAGAGGUUCAAAGAUGUCAAACAUUUAGUCAAUCAGUUAUUGGCAAAGAGAAUGACUCUAUAUCUGCUAAUAAAAUUGAAACUGAUGCUGGGAACCCUUUUGACAACGCUUUUACGAUGCCACCUAAUUACUUACCCAAGAAAAAAAGAAUUAAACUAGAGAUAUCAGGCAAACCCAAACUACCUUCUGCUGGUACAUCUGAUCAGUGGAUGCAAUAUCACUCCAAAAAAGAAAAUGAUUGA